GUCACUCAUAAAUUGUAUAUCGACGCUUAAAUUUUUUUUGUCACUGAAAGCCCUAACAAGUAACACGUUUUUUAACAAUUAAGUUUGACUAAUUAUAUUUAAACAGUGUGUUUACCGUUCAAUUAAAACACGAAACUCGGCUAUGCCACCUUUUCGAACACGUGCUUCUGAGAAUAACAAUGUCCGUGCUGGAUAUGUUGGGGAAGUACGAGGACGUGGACGUGGCCGAGGCCGUGCCGGGCGUCGUCUCCGUCGCUUGGCGCCUUUAGCCAUUCGCGGACCUCCAGAUGGGGAUUCCGAGCAAGCUAACAACUCCGCUGAACCUACGGUGGCCUCACAAGCGGAUCCUAUACCUCAUCCUGAAGUUCCGCAGCAAGCCCAAAAUUCUCCAGACGAAAGUGUGGCCACGGAAGACGAACAUGUAGCGAUUCCGGAACCAUUGGCUCUACCAGAAGGUCUGCAGCGGGCCAACUUCCCUCGCCGUCCUUCACCCGAAAGCGGAUGAAACCAUUUCCACUCUACAACAUCAGGCGAUUCCUAAGAAUGUUUCAAGUCAUUGAAUACGUUUCGAAUUCACACGCUUACAUUUAUACGAUGUGGUUCGCUUUAUAAAAUAUCCUUUUAUAAUAAAGGUUCAAACUGUAAAAGGUA